AUGGCACCUCCCAAACAAGGAGUGACUGCCAUCAGAGGAGAUAAUGUCUUUAAGAGUAAGGCGACACAGAGAAUGAGAUCCAGCGGCGACAGCUCCAAAGCUCCCGAUCAAGAGAUAUAUGCAGAAGAUGGAGAAAACACCUUUGAAGGAGACUUCAGUCAGGAAUAUGAAGAAACCGGCGGCGGCAGCGGCUACAAUCCCGGCGGCAGGGGCAGAGGUGGCAGCGACGGCGGCAACAAUCCCGGUGGCAGGGGCGUCGGCAACGGCAACAAUCCCGGCGGCAGGGGCAGAGGCGGCAGCGACGGCGGCAACAAUCCCGGUGGCAGGGGCGUCGGCGGAGACGGCGGCAACAAUCCCAAUCAACCGAUUACUACUAUGCCCCCCAAUGGUGGAAGGACUGAUCCUACUCCAAAUCCAAAUCCAAAUCCAAGACCUAUUCCAAACGGCUUGCCGUAA